AUGGCGAAUGCUCCACCAAAACUUCAAGAUCUAGGGAGUUUCUCCAUACCGUGCAAGAUUGGUUCUGAACUCAUACAGAGAGCUUUCUGCGAUUUGGGAGCUAGUGUCAGCCUACUCCCAUACUCUUUAUGCAAAAAGCUGGGCCUCCAGAACAUUAAACUGACUACUAUGACACUGCAGUUAGCUGACCAUUCAUGUAGAUACCCAAUGAGAAUAGUGGAAGACAUGCCAGUAGAAGUGGGUGGAUGUGUCAUUCCUACAGACUUUAUCAUUCUGGAUAUAGAGGAGGACCCCAAGAUAUCAAUCAUCCUUGGAAGACCAUUCUUUGCCACAGCUGGAGCCCUCAUCGACGUGAAGAGUUACAAGUUAUCCUUGGAGAUCGACAAGGAAAAGAUUGAAUUUGAUUUAUCCAACUCUUCUAACUGCGUCUCCUUUUCUUAG